CACAGCUGCUGGGCCCCACGGGUCCCAGGCCCACCGUACGGCCCCUUUAAGUGCAGCCCCGCCGGCCACCAGCGGGGGCAGCACUGAGCGGCCGGCGGCCUCCGCGCCGCUGCCUCGAAGCUUCUGCCGGUGCCGGGGACGCCGCGGAGCGGAGCCGGGAAGGCGGAGCAGGCGGAGCGGGCGCAGGCCUGCGCAGCCCACCGGGCGCGCGCGGCGGGGAAGCAGCGCCCAGCAGCAGAGCUGGGCUGUCACUUCCCUGGGGCAGAGCGUCAUGCCGUGUCAUCAGACCCCCAAUCCCGGCCUGGCUCUGAGCUUAGGAUGGAAAGGGGUGAGAAGGGGACAGUCCUGUGGACAGGGACGGAACAGCGGAGGGCGCAGGGCUAGGAUGGGACAGACACCGACGCCCCGUGGCCCUGACCCAGAAGAGCAGACCUGCAGGCAGAAAGCCCCUGGGACACAGAGGGUCGACCUGGCGGCCAGAGAUCCUGCCAGAAAGUGGCCCCGAAGGGAGGGCCCAGGGGCAAGCGGCAGGACCUGAGUGGCUGGACACCUGGGUUCCUGCAGGUGCUCCUGACGCCGGCAUGGAGCAAGAGCCUGCGGCCUCAGCCAAGGCCGGCAGCCAGGACUGCUGCGUCCACUGCACCCCAGGGCUAAAGUCCCCCAAGGCAGAGUAAGCGGCAACCGCCAGCCUGGGGACCUCUUUUAAGAUGACCCGCACGGACCCGCCGGACCUGUUGGUGUCGACCGUGUACCAGGACAUCAAAGUGGCGGCCCCCGGGCCCGCGUCGCGGCACUCGCCAUGUGAGCGCCCGCCUACUGCGCCCGCGCCUUUCAACAAGCGCCACUGCCGCAGCUUUGACUUCCUGGAGGCGCUGGACGGGGCGCCCAUGGAGGCCCGCACAGAGCCGCUGCCCCCAGAGCCUGCGGCGCCGCGCACCCGGCCCCGCGACGGCGAGUCCCGGCGCCGCGCCCGCUCCAAGAGUGCGCCCCGCGUGGCCCCGGGCCUGGCGCCCGCGCCCGCUUCGCCGCCGGUGCUGCCGCGCCGAGGCCGGGAAGCCCAGCGGACGGCGCGGGCAGAGGCAUCGCCGCACAGGGAGCCUGCGUACCCCGCGCUGCGCGCGCUCGCCAACGAGCUGCACCCCAUCAAGCUGCAGCCGCAACGGGGCGGCCCCGGCCGCAUGGCGCCCCUCUGCGCCACCACCGGCCGCUGCGCGCCCCCGGAGCCGCCCGCCGGGCCCGCGCCCCAUGUCCGCUGCCGCCUGGACAUCAAGCCUGACGACGCGGUGUUGCAGCACACCGCCCGGGGCUCUCGGUCCUGCGGGCCCGCGGAGACCACGCCCUGGGCACGCGUCGCCCCCCAGUUCCACGGCCUCACCGUGCCCGGGCCUCGCCACAUGGGGCUCUCGCGCACGCCCACCCCCAGCGACACGUACUGCGCGGACCCCCGGGCGCUGUACUGUGACGGUCCGCUGCCUGGGCACCGGGACUACACGGAGCGCCGAAGCCUGCCCUUCGCCACGCCGCCGGGCCCCACCCAAUUCUUCUACACCGAGGAACCCGAGGGCCACCCUGGCGGGUUUCCUGCCAGCCCCGGGCCGCCGCUGGACAGCUACUACGUCAGGCCCUUCCCGUCCGAGGAGCCCCCUGUGCCCAGUCCGAGGCGCAGCGGGGGCUACUAUGCGGGGGAAGUGCGCGCCUUCCCGGUCCAGGAACCGCCCUCCCGUUCCUACUAUGCGGAGGCGGCGCGAGUCUACGGCGGCCCCCGCUAUGCUCCCGAGGAGGCCCGGGCUCACCCCCCUCUCCGCCCCUUUUACACAGAGGACUUCGGACGGUACCGCGACCGCGACGCCCUGGCUCGGACUUACCCCCACCCACGCAACAGCGCCGCCUGGGGUGACUGGGGCCUGCGGCCUUACCGCACCCUGCAGGUCGUGCCUCCCCAGGACUCUGGCGCGGUGCUGGCCUCUUGGCACGGCGGCACCGGCACCAGCCCGCCCCGGCUGGUGACCGACAGCCGCCACUACUCUCGCUCCUGGGACAACAUCCUGGCGCCCGGGCCGCGCAGGGAGGACCCCCUGGGCCGCGGCCGCAGCUAUGAGAACCUGCUGGGGCGCGAGGCUCGGGAGCCGCGGGGCACAUCCCCCGAAGGCCGGCGUCCGCCCGUCGUGGUGAACCUAUCCACCUCGCCCAGACGCUAUGCCGCGCUGUCCCUGUCGGAGACGUCACUGUCAGAGAAGGGCCGAGCGGGCGAGGGCCUGGGCCGCAACUGGUACGUGACGCCGGAGAUCACCAUCACCGACAACGACCUGCGCGCCGCCGAGCGUCCGACUGCCAGGGGCUGGGAGCUGCCUGGGGGGCGGCCGCGGCGGUCCCCGCCUGCCGCCCCGGAAGGCCCCACGGGUGGCCGCCAGCGCAGCCUCGAGCAGCUGGACGAGCUCAUCACCGACCUGGUCAUCGACUCUCGGCCCCCCGCCGGCCCGGCCCCCGACCCCGCGGCUGACGGCCUGGGCCGCCACCUGCGCCGCCUGCUGGACUCUCGGCCCGCCGGCCCCGGGGCGCCCGCGCUGGCGCCGCGCUCACCUCCCGCGUCGGCCGGCAGCGCCGAGGAGCCCGCGGGCCAGGGGCAGGCGGCCGACGCGUCCCCGGAGCCCAGCGCCGACGAGGACGACCUGAUGACGUGCUCCAACGCGCGCUGCCGGCGCACGGAGACCAUGUUCAACGCCUGCCUCUACUUCAAGUCGUGCCACAGCUGCUACACCUACUACUGCUCGCGCCUGUGCCGCCGCGAGGACUGGGACGCGCACAAGGCGCGCUGCGUGUACGGCCGCGUGGGCAGCGUGUGCCGCCACGUGCUGCAGUUCUGCCGGGACAGCGGCCCGGUGCACCGCGCCUUCUCGCGCAUCGCGCGCGUCGGCUUCCUGUCGCGCGGCCGCGGCGUGCUCUUCCUGGGCUUCCCGAGCCCGGGCUCCGCAGACAACUUCCUGCGCUUCGGCCUCGAGGGGCUGCUGCUGUCGCCCACCUACCUGUCCCUGCGCGAGCUGGCCACGCACGCGGCGCCCCUGGGCAGCUAUGCGCGCGAGCUGGCGGCCGCCGGGCGCCUCUACGAGCCGGCCGAGUGCUUCCUGCUCAGUGUGUCGGUGGCCGUGGGCCCCGGCGCCGCGCCCCCCGGCGCCUCCGGCCGGCCCGCGCCCGCGCCGCGCAGCCCUGGGCCCACGGUACGCAAGUUCGCCAAGGUGGCGCUGGCCGCCGGCAGCCCCGCGCGUCCGCCCCCGGCCCGGGGUCGCGAGCCCGACAUGGAGACGCUGAUCCUGACUCCGCCGCCCGGCACCGCCGGCCUGGACCAAGAGGGCGAAGCAGGCCGGCGCGCGCGCGAGGUGGCCUUCAUCCACAUCCAACGCGAGCUGCGGCUGCGCGGCGUCUUCCUGCGCCACGAGUUCCCGCGCGUCUACGAGCAGCUCUGCGAGUUCGUCGAGGCCAACCGGCGCUUCACGCCCACCACCAUCUACCCCACGGACCGGCGCACCGGCCGCCCCUUCAUGUGCAUGAUCAUGGCCGCCUCCGAGCCACGCGCGCUGGACUGGGUGGCCAGCGCCAACCUGCUGGACGACAUCAUGUGAGCCUCGGGGUAGCGCCCGGGCUCCGUCCAGCCCGCUCAGGGCCCGCCCCCUCCGACCCCGCCCAGUCCACGUGGGGCCCACCCCCGAGCGGCGCCCCGUCUACUCAGACACCGACCGCCCGGUCCACCCCAAGCCCACCCCGAGCCCCGCGCAGUCCACCGAGGGCCUGUCCCCGAGCCCCGCUGCC